AUGAAACUGGCUCAACUUCCAUUUUAUGCCACGCAGAGUUUGAUUAUUGGCUUGAAGUACUUCGAAAACCUGCACAAGGCAGUCCAAUUGGCAGAAGAUGUGUUUUCAUCAGUUUCCUCACUGUCAUAUAAAACUUCAUCGAGUUCUUCGAUUCUUUCGGAUACCUUUUUGAAUCAAACCAUUCUUCAAAUGGGAAUUGUGUUCAUAGUGAUUAUUCAACUUGAACUGCUCAAUAUAUGCUUCGAGCGAAAGCAUCAAGCUAUCGCAAAUACUUUGAGAACUCAUGUUCUACCAGUUUGGUUCCGAUUAUUCGCUUAUUCUAUUUGUAUAGCUUGUCCCAUAAGCUGCUGUAUUUGGUUUCAUACUGUGCGACUAAGGAAGGAUGAGCAAUGGGAUUUGAUCAAACGAGAUUGGCCGCAGUACAUCUCCGAUUUUCAAAAUUUGACUCAUUUUGAUGUUUAUAAGAAAACAUGGUGGUUCGUAUUCUUGCAACUGAUGGGAAUUGUGUUCAUAGUUAUCGUUCAACUCGAAUUGCUCAAUAUAUGCUUCGAGCGAAAACAUCAAGCCAUUGCAAACACUCUUAACACUCAUGUUCUACUAGUUUGGUUCCGUAUAAUUGGUUAUUCUUUGUGUGUAGCUUGUCCAAUAUCAUGCUGUAUUUGGUUUCAAACCGUACGACUAUCAAAGGAUGAGCAAUGGGGCCUGAUCAAACGAAAUUGGCCACAGUAUAUGUCUAAAUUCUAA